AUGGGUUCGCCCGCCCGAGAGAUGCAGGAGAUGGACGAGUUCGUGCUGGUCCCGCACGCCGCGGACCUCUGGUCGUACCAACUCGACGAGGACGACGAUGACCACAAGGCGCGCUUCCUGGCCGGCAACGACGACAAGACGAUCGAUGUGAACCACUUCGCCUCCGAGCCCACGCCCAACGCCGCAGUGCGGUGCGCGUCGGUGGAGCCGCCGGCGCCGUCUGGCUCUGACUCUGAGAGCGAGGGUUCAGUUGAUGACGACGUGGAAUCGGUCGGCGGCCUGUUGGAGAAGGCGUCGGAUGCUGACGAGGACGGGGAGGUGACUAAGGUUUCAGCAAGGCGAGACGCGAGGCUAGAACAGGGGAUGUCGGUGCCGCGGUUUGAGCAUGCGCCGGCCAUGAUCUCAUUCGGGGGUUCCUACGGCGGGCACCUGUUUUGA